AUGGUAAUGAGUCGAGUCGCACCUCCCGUAGAAGCGGCGACAGCGACUGGCAGCUCAACCGAAGUCGUCGAUAAGAAGAUUACGAUAAGAGGGCUUCCAUUGCUCUCCUUUGGUUCAUCAUCAUCCAAAACUCCAUUAUCAACUAUCGCCUCUUUGGCUUCUAGCCCUGCGCCCUAUUCCUAUGAAAAACGUACAUGGCUGGCUUGCUUGCGAACUCGCUCACCAGACCCCACCACUCGGAUCGAAUUACAUCUAGACAAUGACAUGAUUUCCUCGAUUCCCGGAACUUCGCCUUCUUCGAACCAAUUCAUCCGCCAUCAAUCUCAUAAUUCAUCGUCUUGGCCACAAGUCGCCCAGAGGAGUCGAUCUGCCCUCAACGUUCCAUCCCACGCUACUUUAAAUACGGGAACGCCAGACACUACUACUGAGUCACCCGCGAUUGCUGUCGUCGCCGCCAACUAUUAG